CCCGGUGAAGGCGGCGGAUCCCUUAUCAGCACCGUUAUCAGCUCCGGAUGGCUCCGGGGCGCUGGAGCUAACCGGGUUAGGCGGGCUGGGUGAUGGAUGGAGGGAUGCGGGUGGAUGAUGGAUGGACGGAGGGAUGCGGGGCGGGAUGGAUGGCGCUGUCUCGGCUCCCCGCGGCCCCUCCCGGGCCGGGCAGGGAUAAAAAGCGGCGGCGGCGGGGCCGGAGCCGCAAUUCCCCUCGCCAUGAGCAGCCCGGCCGCGCUCCGAGAGGGCUACGAGCACUUCGACCCCCGCGCGUACCUGCGCAACAAUUACCUGCCGCCCCGAGCCGACUUCUCCUCCGAGGAGUUCGUGGUGCCCUGGAAGCUGCGAUGCCUGGCCGAGACCUUCGCCAGCGGUGAGAUCCGAGGGCGGACGCUGAUCGAUGUGGGCUCGGGCCCCACCAUUUACCAACUGCUGAGCGCCUGCGACCACUUCGAGGAGAUCGUGGCCACCGAUUUCCUGGCGGUGAGGGAGGAGCUCGGCCGGUGGGCGCGGGGCGAGCCCGGAGCCUUCGACUGGAGCCCGUUCAUCCAGCACGUCUGCAAGAUCGAGGGGCGCGGCGAGCCCUGGCAGGACAAACAGGCCCGUCUCCGCCAGCGCCUCCGCCGGAUCCUUCCCAUCGACGUUCACCGCCCGGAGCCCCUGGGGGCCCCGCUGCGCCCCCGGGCCGACGCGCUGCUCUCCGCCUUCUGCCUGGAGGCCGUGAGCGCCGACCGCGCCGCCUUCCUGCGGGCUCUGCGCCACGUGGGGACCCUGCUGCGACCGGGGGGACACCUGGUGCUGCUGGGGGCUCUGGGCGAGUCCUUCUACCUGGCGGGCGGCCGGCUGCCCGUGGUGCCGCUGCAGGAGCGCGAUGUGCGGGAGGCGCUGGCGGCCGCGGGGUUCGCGCUGCGGGAGCUGCGCUCCUACGCGAUGCCCCCCGCGCUCCGCACCGGCGUGGAUGAUGUGGACGGCGUGUUCUUCGCCCACGCGCAAAAACCGCUGGAAACGUGA